GACAGCAGCUCAAUGCCGGGGUGCCCGGGGUGCCGGGUGAGAGGCGAAUUCCUAAGGGACCGCUUCGAGUGGAGCUGCUGAAGAGCUGGAGGGCGCCGGGACCGACCCAUGACAUGAGGAAACACGUCAUCAUGACGCUGCUGGACACGGAGCAGUCCUACGUGGAGUCCUUGCGCACCUUGAUGCAGGGUUACAUGAAGCCUCUGAAGCAGCCAGAGAACUCACUGCUGUGUGACCCAUCGCUGGUAGACGAGAUCUUCGACCAGAUCCCCGAGCUGCUGGAGCACCACGAGCAGUUCCUGGAGCAGAUCCACGACUGCGUGCAGAACUGGCACGAGAAGCAGAAAGUGGGCGACCUCCUCGUGCAGUCGUUCUCCAAGGAUGUGCUGGUGAACAUCUACUCUGCCUACAUUGAUAACUUCCUCAAUGCCAAGGAUGCCGUCAGGAUCGCCAAGGAAGCCCGGCCGGCAUUCAUGAAGUUCCUGGAGCAAAGCAUGCGGGAGAACAAGGAGAAGCAGGCUCUGUCUGACCUGAUGAUCAAGCCGGUGCAGAGGAUCCCACGAUACGAACUGCUGGUGAAGGACCUGCUGAAGCACACACCCGAGGACCACCCUGAUCACCCCUUCCUCAUCGAUGCCCAGCGCAACAUCAAGCAAGUGGCCGAGAGGAUCAAUAAGGGCAUGAAGAGUGCAGAGGAAGUGGAGAGGAAUGCUCGGAUCGUGCAGGAGAUCGAGUCCCACAUUGAAGGGAUGGAGGAUCUCCAGGCCCCGCUCCGCAGGUUCCUGCGCCAGGAGAUGGUGGUGGAAGUGAAGGCUGUGGGUGGGAAGAAGGACCGCUCCUUCUUCCUCUUCACGGACCUGCUGGUGUGCACCACGUUGAAGCGCAAGUCAGGCUCCCUCCGCCGCAGCUCCAUGAGCCUGUACACGGCAGCCAGCGUGAUCGACACCGCCAGCAAGUACAAACUGCUCUGGAAGCUGCCACUGGAGGAUGUGGACAUCGUCAAAGGUGCCUCGCAAGCCACCAACCGGGAGAGCAUCCAGAAAAGCAUCUGCCGCUUGGAUGAAGACCUCAGCACAUUAGGGCAAGUCAGCAAGCUGUCGGAGACCCUCAGUUUCCCUCACCAGAGCCUGGAUGAUGUGAUCAAGGACCUGAUGGCUGCCAUCCACCGGGAGCUGGCGGAGAAGCAAUCCCUGUCCUUCAGCAUGGCCUUCCCUCCCAACAAAGUGGAGCUCAGCAUCACCAAAGCCGAUGGCACUGAGUCCUUCAUCUUUGAGUUCCCCAACCCCGAUGCCCGUCUCAGCUUUGAGCAAGCCUUUGAGGAUGCCAAGAAGAAACUGGCUUCCAGCAAAAACUGCCUGGACCCAGAGUUCCUCAAGGCCAUCCCCAUCAUGAAGACACGGAGCGGCAUGCAGUUUUCUUGUGCUUCUCCAAGCCAUGGCAGCCUGGAAAGCUCCCAUGAGGUUUGGGUUUGCAACAGCGAUGGUUAUGUGGGGCAGGUUUGUUUGCUCAGCAUCCGUAAGGAGCCCACGGUGGAGGCGUGCAUCGCUGUCUGCUCCGCCAGGAUCCUUUGCAUCGCCUCCGUGCCUGGUCUCAAGCGGGCAUAUAGGUAGGACAUUCCCACUGGCACCGCAGAGCCGGCAGGCACGGGGCGAUGCUGGAGCUGCUUCUUUCCCUCCCUUCCCCUCGUCACGGCAGGGAGCGCGAUGCCGGCGCAGCUGGAGGACGCGGGGCCGCAGCCGUGCCUGCACAUCUCCAUCUCGGGUUCAUCGCUGGAGCUCUCAGAGCCAGUUGACGGUGGCAACAGGGAGCUGGUGCCCUUUGACAGCGAUGACACGGAUGAUGAGUCCUCGCCCAGUCCAUCAGGGACGCUGCAGAGCCAAGCCAGCCACUCCACCAUCUCCUCCAGCUUUGGCAAUGAAGAGAUCCCGAGCUGCAAGGAGGCAACGGCAGAGAUGACAAGCUCCGAGGAAGAGCAAGAACCUGGCUUCAUUCCUAUCACUGGCACCUACAGCCAAAACCGACACGGUGAGAGCCCCACAGAUGGGCGAGCCCUGCGCCGCUCCAGCCGUGGCUCCUUCACCCGGGGCAGCCUUGAGGACCUCCUCAGCCUUGACCCUGAAGCCCAUCAGAGCUCCAUGUGGUUGGGCACCGAGGAUGGCUGCAUCCAUGUGUAUCAGUCCUCGGACAACAUCCGUAACAGGAAGAACAGCAUGAAGAUGCAACAUGCCGCUGCCGUCAUGUGCAUCUUGUACCUGGAUAAUCAGGUUUUUGUGUCAUUGGCCAACGGGGAGCUCGUCGUGUACCAGCGGGAGGCAGGCCGCUUCUGGGACCCCCAGAAUUCCAAGUCCCUGUCCCUGGGCUCACCAGGAAGCCCCAUCACCAAGAUGGUGGCAGUGGCGGGGAAGCUCUGGUGUGGCUGCCAAAACCGGAUCAUCGUCCUCAACACCACCACACUGGCACAAGAGCACACGCUCCAGGUGGGACAGGACAGCGGGCGCAGUGUCACCUGCAUGGUGAGUGCAGGGACCGGUGCGUGGGUCGCGCUGCAGAGCAGCGCUCAGGUCCGGCUCUACCAUGCCACCAGCUACGAGCAGUUGGCUGAAGCGGAUAUCACCCCCCCGGUACACAAGAUGCUUGCUGGCUCCGAUGCCAUAAUCCGGCAGCACAAGGCAGCCUGCCUGCGGAUCACAGCUCUCCUGGCCUGCAAGGACCUGCUGUGGGUCGGGACCAGCGCUGGGGUGGUGCUGACCCUCGCCGUCUCGGCCAAGGCGGCCCCAGCCUUGGUGGGGCUUUCCCAGGGUCACACCGGCCAUGUCCGCUUCCUGACUGCCAUUGAGCUGCCUGACGGCUUCGACGUCCUCUUCCCAUUGCCGACGGAGACGGGGGCCGAGAAGCCGAGCGAAGCAGAGAAGCGAGACCCAUCGCGCCCCCGUGCCCCUGCCCUCGCCCUCUCCAAACCCAAGAUGCUGGUGAUCAGUGGUGGGGACGGCUACGAGGAUUUCCGCCUGACCAGCAGCAGUGAGACGGUGGGCCGGGACGACAGCACCAACCACCUCCUCCUCUGGAGAGCAUGA